AUGGAGAAGCGCCCCGCCAGCUCUUGGGGGUUCAGACGCUGCGCAUUGUUGGUGGCUGCCGGUGGUGGUGGUUGGACCUCCAGGGCCCUCCUGUCAGACCCUUCCAGCACUCUGGGGCAGCGACUGCGCGGACGAUGGGCCGGAAGCGACCGCUCCAGCAACCUUCAAAGAGCGCACAGAGACGGGGUCUUCCAGGUGCGAGACCGCUUUGAUGCUGGUGCUGAACUUGGGGAAGAAGAGAUGUCCUGGACUAGGGAGUACGGCGAAGGCGGCUCCUUCCCAUUUUGGAGCCUGGGCCAGCCGAAAGUAGAGAUCCGCAGACUGGCGGCUGCACUUGAGGAGGCUUCAGGGAAUGGCUUGGCGGCAGUUGUCCUCGGCUGCGGUCUUGGCUUGGAUGUUGCUUACUUGGCAAAAGCCGGCAAGGCAAGCGCUCUGACCGCGGUGGCAGGGGUGGACUUCGCCUGGCCGGCCAUCCAGGAAGCCAGGAGACAGCACGGCGACUCCGGGCAGGCCGGCCGGGCCGCUUGCUUCUUCCAUCACUUCGAUGUCUGCGAGCUCCCAGCCCCGACGGUGCCAUUGGACCUCAUCAUUGACAACACAGUCUUUCAAAAUGUGCACAGGAGUGGCCGAUUCGACGCAUAUUUGGAGAGUUUAUGCAGAAUUUCAACGCCAGGUCUGCCCCUGAGCUGUGUGACAGCGUGCGUCGGUCUGUCCGCCAUCCCUUCUCUACAGCGGGAGCGCUGUAUAAGAAAAUGCUUUCUGGGACGAGGGUGGUCUGGUUUUCUUAUUUUGAUAGCGGCCGGCUUUGUAGGAAAAUUUAAUCUAGGAUGGGUCAGGGUAGUCUGGUUUUCUUAA